GAUGCAAUCAUUGUAAAGGGGAAAGAGCUCCAGCUAAAGUGGGUGAUGGGUGCGCCACUGUCCUGCUUAUUAAAUCCUACCCCUUCCCCUCCACUUCCCUUCAAAAUUCAAACCCAUCUCCCACCUGAAAAUAUCUGCUUCUCCACCUAGCUUGAUCUAAUUUUUUUCCUGUGUGGAAAGAGUAAUAAGAGAUGUAUAGACGUGUAUUGUUAAUGAAUUGAGGACAAGAAGAUACAAAGAACUCUGUGUCAAAGCCAUAACAGAAUAGAGAAAGGAGGAGGAGGUGCACAAAAUGAGCACAGCAAGAUUCAUCAAGUGCGUCACCGUCGGCGACGGAGCAGUCGGAAAGACAUGCAUGCUUAUUUCAUACACUAGCAAUACAUUCCCCACUGAUUAUGUGCCUACAGUGUUCGACAACUUCAGUGCCAACGUCGUGGUGGAUGGGAGUACAGUCAACCUUGGAUUGUGGGAUACUGCAGGACAGGAGGAUUACAACAGGCUGAGGCCUCUGAGUUACAGAGGUGCAGAUGUGUUCUUGUUGGCUUUUUCCCUCAUCAGCAAAGCUAGCUAUGAGAAUAUCUCGAAGAAGUGGAUCCCUGAGCUGAGGCAUUAUGCUCCAACCGUGCCGAUUGUGCUCGUGGGAACCAAACUCGAUUUACGGGAAGACAAGCAGUUUUUGAGUGAUCACCCCGGUGCGACGCAAAUUACAACUGCUCAGGGAGAAGAACUGAAGAAGAUGAUCGGUGCUGCUGUUUACAUAGAGUGCAGCUCCAAGACUCAGCAGAAUGUGAAGGCAGUCUUUGAUGCAGCAAUCAAGGUUGUUUUGCAGCCUCCAAAACCAAAGAAGAAGCGAAAGAAGCCAAGACCAUGUUUGUUUCUUUAAAGCAACUUUUAUGUCAAAUUCUUCCCCGUAAAAGAGGCAGUCUCACUUUCAAGUUACUUGCCACUCAGACUUUUGGGCUAUGCUAAUUCUUUUUCUUAUUUUAUUUGUAAUUUUUAUAAUUUCUUAUGAUCCUGCGUACUGACGCAUUUUAAAGCCAAAAUAUGAAACUCCCAAAAAUGACAAUAUCGUGCAAGGUCUUGUACUACUGCAGUUUUCUUCAUGCUAAUUUCCACAACAUGUGUGUAAAGCACUGUUACCAUGCAUGGGCAAGAAUUAAACCUAGUAGACAACAUCAUGAUUUGGACAGCAAAAUUAAUUUGUUUACAGCA